AAAGUUUAUACAAUGUAAUCAAAAUACGAAACUAGGUUAACUAGAAGUCUUCAGAUGGCUUUAUAAACUUCCGCUUAUUUCUGUUUUUCUUCCCGCUGAAUUUAUUUGCCAUUGUGUUAACUAGAGUGGAGUAUUCCUGAGCCAUUUGGGCGUCACUAACGUCGGUUUCUUUGCGUUUUUCCACCUCUUGUUUCUUCCUAGUGUAAUCGUUAGACAUCAGUUUCUCUAUUUCCGGAUUCAUGCCACCAAAUGAUAAGCGCCCUUCGAUUAAAUUUCGGCAGUUAAAGAUACUCGUUUCUGUGAAUACAAUGGUCCCGCUUUUCUUCAUUUCGUCGGUGAUUUCAUUGGAAUACAUGGCUUUGCCCUCGGCAUCUUCCUGCUCCUUGAGCACCCUUUCCUUCGUACGUUUCAUAAACUUCAUGUCCAGGAUGGACUUGGACAAUUGAACUGGUUUAGGCCCUUGCAUACUUUUGGCUCAGUGAAAAACAAUGUAUAAAACACUUUUCAAAAAAAUAUAAUUUGUUAGGUUAGAAGAACUGUCAGUUGUCACUUUGACGUGCCAUUUUUAUCAUUGAAAGGUUAUGAUUUGUGUUUAUUAAACAAAUAAAAUGAAUAGAACAAUUAUGUCCGAGUCUUUCGCGGUGGGUAUCGGGCCUGCGGCCCCGCGGGGCCGCUCGGCGGCCUCCGUUGCCACCACAGUGGGGUCCGACCACGUCUUCGAAGUCCCCACAAAACUGAUCAAAACACCGGCUGAUAUGAAAAUCUGGGAGAAAUCCGAGGCCUAUUUUGAAUUUUUGGGGUUCAUUCUGGCCAUAAACGAGGCAGUUAAAGGCAAAAGCAAUUCGCGCGGGAGCGAAAACGCCUCCGAGGAAGUCCAGAAAGUGAUCGAGUUGUUGAACAAGCUUGACACGAAAAUCGACGAAACGCCCGCUGUACAACAGCCCCAAAGGUUCGGAAACGUGGCGUUCAGGACCUGGUACCAGAAACUGCGAGAUGAGUCGCUUGUCUUGCUCCAGGAUGUGCUCCCGACUGAAUUAAAUGCCGCCGUCCCCGAGAUCGUUUCAUAUUUGGUGGAAUCGUUCGGGAAUUCCACACGGAUUGACUACGGGACGGGGCACGAAAUUUCAUUCAUUAUGUUCCUGUGCUGUUUGUAUAAAAUCGGGUUUUUGAAACAACAUGAUAAGACAGCCACUGGCUGUGCCAUUUUUACGCGGUAUUUGGACUUGGCGCGGAAAUUACAAAAGACCUACCGGAUGGAGCCCGCCGGAAGUCACGGCGUUUGGAGUCUGGACGACUACCAGUUUGUGCCGUUUAUUUGGGGCAGCUCGCAGCUGUUUGCCCAUCCGAUCAUUGAACCGUCGGGUUUUUUGGUGCCGCAAAUUUUAAACCAGUAUGGAGAGGACUUCAUGUUCCUCACUUGCAUCCAGUACAUAAACUCAGUAAAAAGCGGCCCUUUUGCCGAGCACUCGAACCAGCUUUGGAGCAUAAGCGGAGUGUCCUCCUGGACGAAAAUCAACGGGGGCCUAAUUAAAAUGUACAAAGCGGAAGUUUUGAGCAAGUUUCCGGUUGUGCAACACAUCGUUUUUGGGUCGUUGUUUACGCUCAGACCCAUGGAACAGUCAUCUGGGAUGAUGACGGCCAAGACCAGCAUGGUACCGCCCCCAGUACCGUUCCCUGCUAGGUCGUCCUCAACGCUGGGUUCCAUGGAACGAGAGUCGAAUGAGUCCGUCAAAAGCACUUCAAUUGAGCAGAAAAAGAGCGUCUCGACCGUUUCGAGUAAAAGGGAGUCGGUGCAAAGUUCAGUUAAAGGGUCACAAGUGACUGAUCGGAGCUCGGUUGUGUCGGCACCCAGCGAGGAAAUGUCGAAGGUUUCAGCGGAGGAAAAAUCUGAAGGGAGUGGGUCUCAAGGGGACAACGGAGCGGCAAAUUAAUUUAAUUGUUACAUUAAUGUCUGAAUAAAAAAUACCUAUUCAUUUACAAAUAAA